ACACACAACUCAGAUAUACAAAUCUUCCCCAAAGUGAAUUAGGUCGAGACGAGUGUAGCGAUGGCGGAUCUCGAAGUAGAAGCUGUUAAUUUUGAGCCGGAGGAUGAUGAUCUCAUGGACGAAGAUAACGCUGCUGAUAUCGAUGCGGCGCCUAUGCCGCGCCUCAAGUCGGCUAUCACUGGGUCCAAUAUGAGGACCAAAGGGCGUGGUUUUCGUACUGAGACUGAUGAGGAACGGAGUAUGAGGAUGUCUGGGAGGUUCGAUUCGCUUGAUUCUGAGGGCGGUCCUGGUCCUGAACGAUCUAUUGAAGGAUGGAUCAUUCUGGUUACUGGAGUUCAUGAAGAAGCACAAGAGGAUGACCUUCAUAAUGCAUUUGGUGGAUAUGGGCAGAUUAAGAAUUUGCACUUGAAUCUUGAUCGUCGUACUGGUUUUGUUAAGGGGUAUGCUCUGAUUGAAUAUGAGACUUUUGAAGACGCGCAGAAAGCCAUAGCAGAAAUGGAUGGCGGUGAAUUGCUUACUCAAACUAUUGCAGUUGACUGGGCUUUUAGCAAAGGUCCCUACAAACGAAGGAAUGCAAGGAGGAGAUCACCACGUGGGCGUCGUUCAAGAAGUCCCAGGCGGAGAUUUUAAUGUGCUGUGGUGUACUAAAUGAUGCCUGCAUGUGUAUUACCUUAUAACUGAGAUUGAAGUUUUUUCUGAGUGGGUGGUGAUUGUUAUUCAUCAUUUGUCAGUAGCAAAGCUAGUUCUUCUGAAGAAUUCUUCUGGUGUACUCUUAUCCAUCUUAUUGACUGAAUUGUAGGUUGGGUGCUUUUAGUUUAUGUAAACAUGCUACCUUAUUUUAACAUGGUGUUUUCAUUUUCGAUUAUGAUAUUCAGUUUUUGUGCA